AUGCCGCCGCCACCAGACGCAACUCUUGCAGAAGUCUCUCAAGGCAUGCGCAACUUCUAAACCAAACCGAGCCGAGCCAAACCGAACCGAACCGCGCCACAACGAACCAGUCCACAACGCGGCUGACAGCAAAGGAGAGAAAGAUAAAGAGCCAAAAAAUAAGAAAGAAAAAAAGAGGAAAGUUGCACAAUGCAUUCCACGGCAUGCGGCGUUGGAGCCUCAGCCACAAACCUAUCGACACUGCAAUCCAGUACACCAGCAGCUGCACCGGCACCGGCACCGACAACAGGAACUGCAACUGCAACUGCAACUGGACACGGAGCAACAGCAGAUGCGCUCAAAAUGGUGCACCACAGCAAUGAAGAUGCCAUGAACAAGAUUCCCCUGAAAUCGGCCAGUGGCCUGGACUCCGAUGAGGAGAAGAAUGGCGGUGAGCUGAUGCAGGACACCGCCGCGGCUGAGGAGGCGAGACGCGAACAGAUGCGGGCCAAGCUGCUGGCCUGGAUGAAGAAGCUGACCAUUGUGCUCAUCUGCUUCAUUGGCAUUGCUCUGAUCAGCUACGUAAUCAUCAGCCUCUGCUUCAGUGAUGAGCAGCCGCAGGAACAGCACGGGCAUCAGGAGAAGGCUGGCAAUCUCAACCUGCUGGAUGGAUCGAUGGGCGCCACAACCCCUGCAGAGGACACACUGCCGAAUGUGGCCGCCUCAACGUCGGCGACAGCGGCUACGCCCACUGUCGUUGCGGAUCAGGUUGAAAUCGAUAUCAGCGAGAAUUUCGACUCCAUUCUGGGUGUCUACCAGAAAGCGGCCGUGAGCUCGGACAACCUUAAGUGCAGCAGGAUCGGCAGCGACAUACUAUCACGGAACGGCAGCGCUGUGGACGCGGCCAUCGCCGCUCUUCUCUGCAACGGUCUGCUCACGCUCCAGAGCAUGGGAAUCGGCGGCGGAUUUUUGAUGAACGUGUACAGUCGGCAGGAGCGGCACGCCACCUCCAUCGACGCCCGCGAGGUGGCCCCUUACGCGGCUGAGGCGGACAUUUUCGACAAGAGUCCGGAGCAGUCGUUUAAGGGACCCCUGAGCAUCGCCGUGCCUGGCGAAGUAAUGGGCUACCAUGAGGCACACUCCAGGUUUGGCCAGCUCCCCUGGGCGGAGCUGGUGAAGCCAUCGCUCCAGCUAUGCGAGACCGGCUAUCAUGUGUCUAAGCACCUGGAGAAGGCGCUUAACUAUGCUUGGCCACAGAUCAAGGACCACCAGCACUAUCAAAUGUAUGUGAACAAGGAGACUGGCAAGCCGCAAGCGUCUGGGACUGUGGUGAAGCCGCCGAAGCAACUCUGUGAGUCCUACAAGCUGCUGGCAGACAACGGGCCUCUGGACUUCUACAACGGCACCUUGGCCAAGUUGCUGGUGGAGGAUCUGGCGGAGCUGGGCAGCCUCAUAACCGGGGAUGACCUGCAGUACUAUUCCGCCGACGUGGUGCACUCGAUAACCAUGGAGCUGGGCGAGGACACGUUGUAUGUGGUGCCGCCUGUCAGCUCUGGCUCAGUGGUGGCCCAUGCGCUCAGUAUCCUGCAGGGCUACAACUUUACCAAAGACGAUCUGGCGAGUGAGGACCUGCGUGCCCGCACCCUUCAUCGGUUCGCCGAGGCCGUCAAGUUUGGCUUUGCCCAUCGCUCGGAGCUGGGCGAUCUGCACUUCAUUGAUGUGCGGGAGCUGGUCAGUAAGCUGAAUAGUCCGGAGUUUGGAGCGCAAAACCGCGCCAAGAUCAACGACAGUCACGUGCUGGAGGGUCCAUCGGCCUACGGCGCUCAGUUCGCGGAAAAUGGGGACCCCGAUGGGACGGCCCACUUGGUGGUCUUGGCCCCCAAUGGAGAUGCCGUGUCGGUGACCAGCUCGGUCAAUUUUUAUUUUGGCUCGGGGCUAAUUGGACCGCGGACCGGCAUCGUUCUGAACAACGGCAUGAACGACUUUGCCGUAGAGAACAACUUUUUUGGACUGCCCUUCUCGCAGGCAAACACCAUAGCACCCCACAAGCGGCCGAUGUCCUCGCAGUCUCCAGUCCUGCUGGCCGAUAAGGCGGGCGACAUUCGUCUGGCUAUCGGAGCAGCGGGUGGCGCUCGGAUCAUUCCCGCUGUGGUGGAGGUGGCGGCUCGCGUCUUGUGGUUCGGAGAGGACAUAAAGACGGCGAUAGAUGCCCCGCGCGUGUACCAUCAGCUCAUGCCCGAUGUCUUGGAGUACGAGGAGGGGGGCUUCUCCGACUCGCUGCUGCAGCUGCUGGCCAAGCGGGGACACAUCCUCAAGUCGAUCACCAAAAGCAACAUGUCAGCGGUUGUCACGGCCAUUGCGAGAAAUGCUACGGCGGUCUAUGCGAAUGCCGACUAUCGCAAGCGUGGUGGCGUGGCCGGCUUUUAG